GGCUGGGCGGGGGCUUGCAGCACCUCUGACACCCGAGGAAGAGAGGGAGGAGGGAGAGCGCAUUUCAUCAUCGGCCGCCACUUAUAAAAACUUCUGGGCGCUCACUCCCUGGCUCAAUCUCCGCGCCACGCUCCUCAUCGCCGGGCUAUCCACGCCUGCAGCCCCGAAGAGCCAGAGUCCUGCUUAUCGCCGCCACGGCCCGGCCAGGGGACAACGCCACUGUCACCAUGGGACUCCUGCCCAAUCCCGGAGCGCGCCAGGGCAGCGGCACCUCCUCGGUCCCAGCCACAGGCUGCUCUCGCUCGAUCUUCAGCAACAUUAAGGUGUUCGUGCUGUGCCAUGGCCUCCUGCAGCUCUGCCAGCUGCUUUACAGCGCCUACUUCAAGAGCAGCCUCACCACAAUCGAGAAGCGCUUUGGGCUCUCCAGUUCUUCCUCGGGUCUCAUUUCCAGCUUGAAUGAGAUCAGCAAUGCUACCCUCAUCAUCUUUGUCAGCUACUUUGGCAGCCGGGUGAACCGCCCCCGGAUGAUCGGCAUAGGGGGCCUCCUCCUGGCUGUAGGCGCCUUCGUCCUCACCCUCCCACACUUCCUGUCAGAGCCCUAUCAGUACACCUCGACCAAUACUGGAAACAGCAGCCACUCCCCAACCAACCUCUGUCAGAAGCACUUGCCCAACCUGCUCCCCAGUAAGUGCCACAGCACUGUGCCAGACACGCAAAAGGAGACCAGCAGCAUGUGGGGCCUGAUGGUGAUUGCUCAGCUGCUGGCCGGUGUGGGGACAGUGCCCAUUCAGCCAUUUGGGAUCUCCUAUGUGGACGACUUUGCAGAGCCCACCAACUCGCCUCUGUAUAUCUCCAUCUUAUUUGCCAUCGCUGUGUUUGGACCGGCUUUUGGGUACCUGCUGGGCUCAGUCAUGCUGAGAAUCUUCGUGGACUUUGGCAGAGUGGACACUGCCUCAGUGAACUUGAGCCCAGGGGACCCUCGAUGGAUCGGAGCCUGGUGGCUGGGCCUGCUCAUUUCCUCAGGCCUCUUGAUUGUCACUUCUUUGCCCUUUUUUUUCUUUCCUCAAACAAUGCCCAGAGGAGCAGAGAGGUCUGCUAUGGCAGAUGAAACAAUGACGAUGGAGGAGGACAAGUCAAGAGGCUCCCUGAUGGAUUUCAUUAAACGGUUCCCUCGUAUCUUCCUGAGGCUGCUGAUGAACCCACUCUUCAUUCUGGUGGUCCUGAGCCAGUGUAACUUCUCCUCUGUCAUUGCUGGCCUCUCUACGUUCCUCAACAAGUUCCUGGAGAAGCAGUAUGGCACCACAGCAGCCUAUGCCAACUUGCUUAUCGGUGCUGUAAACCUUCCUGCUGCAGCCUUGGGGAUGCUGUUUGGGGGAAUCCUCAUGAAGCGCUUUGUUUUGCCUCUGCAAACCAUCCCCCGAGUGGCUGCCACCAUCAUGACCAUCUCCAUGAUCCUCUGCGCCCCUCUCUUCUUUAUGGGAUGUUCCACUCCAGCAGUGGCUGAGGUCUACCCGCCCAGCACAUCAAGUUCUAUACAUCCGCAGCCUCCUGCCUGCCGCAGGGACUGCUUGUGCCCGGAUUCCAUCUUCCACCCGGUCUGCGGAGACAAUGGAGUGGAGUACCUCUCCCCUUGCCACGCCGGCUGCAGCAGCGUCAACGUGAGCUCAGCAGCUUCCAAGCAAACAAUCUAUUCGAGCUGCAGCUGUGUGACUGGGGGAUCUGCGUCAGCAAAGACAGGGUCGUGCCCCGUGUCCUGUGCACACUUCCUGCUCCCAUCCAUGUUCCUCAUCUCCUUCGUGGCGCUCAUCGCCUGCGUCUCCCACAACCCGCUCUACAUGAUGGUUCUUCGUGUGGUGAACCAGGAUGAAAAGUCAUUUGCCAUUGGAGUGCAAUUCUUGUUGAUGCGUUUGCUGGCCUGGCUGCCAGCUCCAGCCCUAUAUGGCCUCAUCAUCGACUCCUCCUGUAUCCGGUGGAACUACCUAUGCUCAGGGAGACGAGGGGCCUGUGCAUAUUAUGACAAUGACAGUCUCCGAAACAGGUACCUGGGCCUACAAGUGGCCUACAAGGCCCUGGGCACACUGCUGCUCUUUGUCAUCAGCUGGAGGGUGAAGAAGAACAGGGAAUAUAGCCUGCAGGAGAAUGCCGUGGCUCUCAUCUGACCUGCAGCAGCGGCUGCUGCCCUGCCCCAGAGACUGCCCCACCCCGCCACACCUGAUUGUACUAAUGUUAACAUGCCUUUUGCUCUCCUUCCUUUCUUCCUUUUCCUUCCUUCCUUCCUUCCUUCCUUCCUUCCUUCCUUCCUUCCUUCCUUCCUUCCUUUUCCUUCCUUCCUUUCCUUUCUUCCUUCCUUCUUUCCUUUCUUUCAUUCAUUCUUAAGACAGUCCCAUUCACCCUUUGUCUCCCUGCCUCCUUCUCUUCCUCCUCCUCCUCCCUCCUAAAGUCUCCCCCAUGGUUCUGAAGCCCUGAAGUGUACUGAACGGAAUGAGCACUGAUAUGGAGAGUCCAGAAAGGGUCUCACACAGGCAGGCUCUCCUCAGCACUGGGUCCUCCAACAAGACGCCCAUCAUCAGGCAGCCUCUGUUCUCACCAGUCUCUCAGGAAUACUUAAGAAGAGUGAGAAAAGGGGGCCGUGCCUUCCAUGCCAGGCAGCCCAGCUCUCCUGUGGCUCCACCCACAACCUGCAGAGGGGCAGAAGAAGAGGGGAUGGUUGGUUUCUUAACAGAGAGAACUGGGCUACAGGAGCUGGCUGUGGCCACUUUUCAUCUGGAUUCGGUCUAUAGUGGACCCCAGAAUGGAAUGGCUCCCCUUGCCUCCUACUGUCUGCCCUUGAGGCUGAUUUGGAAGCUACCAUUUGGGAAGUACAGCCCUCUCUCUAACCUCCACCCUGGUAUCAGAGCAGGCACUAAGGAACGAGAGGCUAGGUCAUCCAAACACUGUUCAUGGGAACCCGAAGCCUCUCUACCCUCCUAUCAGCAUAUGCUUCUCUCUGCCUUUCAACCUGAGGAAGCCGCAAGAAGCCCACCUAAGGAGGGCCCAGUCUCUCGCCCUCACAGUGGAGAUCAGACCCUUCCUCCUCAGGGACAUGAGAUGGUGUCCCUACCAUUCCCCAGAAAGCAGAAGAGUGGCCUCUCAUGGACUUCACCAUCCCGACUUCAGCUCACGGGCAGAGGAGGAAAGGGGAACGACCCGAGACACAGCCAGAGCGAGGGAUGGAGCAGAAUGCAAGCCAUCUGCCACUGUGCUAGACACAAGCUGCAGCCCACAAAGAGGGCAGCCAGGCUGACUUGCUUGCAAACAUGAUGUAUUCGUCAGCAUUUUCUCAGCUUCUUCUCACUACCUCUGGGUGGAGGUGGGCAUCUUCUGUGAACCUGGCUUAGAGGGAGGUGGGCGGGGGGCACCACUCUUAUAACAGAGAGCCAAAGGCAGAGGCCCAGGGAGGAAGCCUUUUACCAACAGUUUUGCAUAUUGGAGACUGACUCGGGGCUGAGCAGUGAUCUUCGUGUUUCCCUAAGAACUCCGUGUAAGUCUCACCUCCAUUUACACUAGGACCUCCUCCCACAGAGCGCUUAGUGGGCAGCAGGGGCACACUCAUGUGCUUGUCAUGCUCCUCAAGGGCCCAAAGAUUGGCAGAGAAGAUCCUGACCUGAGCAGCCAUGCCAUUUAGGGGCUCUACCAGACCGACUCAGCUUCUGACCCUGUGUGAGAUGGAGAGCUGGUUCCCUGUGCCGCCGAAGUGGCUAGGCAAUUGUCAUUGCCCCAUGUGACAUUUCAGUGCCCUCCAGAAACACCUUCUGUGGUGAGAAGCUAACAGGUUUGGGUCAGUGCAGCCAAGCUACUACUGCGAGACUGAAGUCUUCAUGGAAGCCAGCAUUACCAACAGCAUUCUCUCAGAAGCCUCCCCAGGCUCAUUUCCCCAGAUCUUGCGAAGGAGGAGGCGCCAAACAAUCUCUUGAGCCAGUUUCAGCAUGCACAACGGUUCUGCUUGGAACAUGAUUCUCCACAACUAACCCUGGGCUUCCUCACUGCAACUUAGCCGGAUUCUGAAGGCACGGCCUUCAGCAAACCUCACAAACAAUGAAUGCCAUCCUUCAGGUUCUGAAAGAUUGGUUGCCCCCCCCCAAGCCUUUAUUAUAUUGCUAUUAAUAUAUUAUAAUUUUGUUAUGGGUGUAA